UACCUCAAGAGCUCAGCCAUGUCUGUGAGCUCCCACACCACAACCACCUGUAACGAGACUGGGAAGUUGCCUGGAAACUGCACGCUGGAGGCAGCCCUGAAAACCAUUGUGGAUGUCUACCACCGUUACAGCAUCCGGGAGGGCCAGCUUGACCUCCUCAACUUCAAUGACUUCAAGACGCUGCUGACUGAGCAGGCACCAACCUUCCUGCAAGCUUGCGGCAGGAACCGUGCUGGCUACUUGCAGAGUCUCUUCAAUGAGACAGACUUAAAUAAGGACAGCGAGCUGACUUUCAAGGAGUUCACCAUUGUCUUGGCCAAGGUGACUGAUGAUGCCCAUCGCAUCAGCCACAAGGAUGACCGCUGUGGACCAGACAAGGAUUGAGCCUUGAGGCACGAGCAGCAAAAAACUCAGACGGGGUUGCU